AUGGCCGGCGAAACCUCAGCUUCGUGCCUGCUCUUUGUGCGCAUCUGCCAACUAAAACUCCAGGGCAAGGACAUGGACGAUUUCAUCCAACGUCUUCAGUCCCUUUCGCUCGAGUACAAGCAAGCCACCGCCGGUCGAGCUGUCGAGGACGACGCCCUCAAGGCCAUCCUCAUCAACGCCACUUUUACCAUCCCCGAGUACCACCUGGUCGUCAAAGAUUUGACCGAGCGUGCUCGCUUGACCGACUACUUUACCGUGGCCCAGGCGCUGCAGAAGCGUUGGAGGGAGAUCAAAUGA